CGCCGCGCUCGGAGCAGUCUCGGAGCCCGUGUUGGGGCCAGCGCUGCUGCGGGCGCUCGGGACAGAGGCGGCGCCCUGAGCCCAGGAUGAGGGCGCCCGCGCUGCUGACCUGCUGCUGCUGGCUGCUGGUCCCUGUGAACAGCAUUCACCCAGAAUGCCGAUUUCAUCUGGAAAUACAGGAGGAAGAAACAAAAUGUGCAGAGCUUCUCAGGACUCCGACAGACAAGCACACAGCCUGCCCUGGUGUCUGGGACAACAUCACCUGCUGGCGCCCUGCAGAGGUGGGGGAGACGGUCACCGUGCCCUGUCCCCAGGUGUUCAGCCAUUUCUACAACAAACCAGGAAACAUAAGCAAAAACUGCACGAGUGAGGGGUGGUCAGAGGCAUUUCCUGACUUCAUCGAGGCCUGUGGCUACAGUGACCCCGAGGACGAGGGCAAGAUCGCGUUCUACGUGCUGGUGAAGGCCAUCUACACCCUGGGCUACAGCGUCUCUCUGGUCUCUCUUGCCACGGGAAGCAUGAUCCUCUGCCUCUUCAGGAAGCUACACUGCACCAGGAACUACAUCCACCUGAACCUGUUCCUAUCCUUCAUCCUGAGAGCCAUCUCAGUUUUGGUCAAGGAUAAUGUCCUCUACUCCAGCUCGGGCACCCUGCACUGCCCCGACCAGCCAUCCUCAUGGGUCGGCUGCAAGCUCAGCCUGGUCUUCUUCCAGUACUGCAUCAUGGCGAACUUCUACUGGCUCCUGGUGGAGGGGCUCUACCUGCACACCCUGCUAGUGGCCGUCCUCCCGCCCAGCAGGUGCUUCCUGGCCUAUCUCCUGAUCGGAUGGGGCAUCCCCACCAUCUGCAUAGGCGCGUGGACCGCGACCCGGCUCUCUCUAGAAGACACAGGCUGCUGGGACACCAACGAGCACAGCGUUCCCUGGUGGGUGAUCCGGAUGCCCAUCCUGAUCUCCAUCCUGGUCAACUUCAUCCUCUUCAUCAGCAUCCUAAGGAUUCUACUGCAGAAGCUGAUGUCCCCCGAUGUCGGCGGGAACGACCAGCCUCAGUACAAGAGACUGGCCAAGUCCACGCUGCUGCUCAUCCCGCUGUUUGGCGUCCACUACGUGGUGUUUGCCGCUUUCCCCAUCGGCAUCUCUGCCAAGUACCAGAUCCUGUUGGAGCUGUGCGGCGGGUCCUUCCAGGGCCUGGUGGUGGCCGUUCUCUACUGCUUCCUGAACAGUGAGGUGCGGUGUGAGCUGCAGAGGAGGUGGCCAGGCCUAGGCCUGCACCCGCCCCAACCCAGUGGCCGGGACUACCGGCUACACAGCUGGUCCAUCUCCCGGAACGGCUCAGAGAGCGCCCUGCAGACCCACCGGGGUUCCCGCACCCAAUCCUUCCUGCAGACGGAGACCUCCGUCCUCUAGCCGUGCCCCCCACUGCAGAGCAGGCAGAGCUGCAGGCUGCGGUCCCCAUGUGGGUGAGCUGCUUCCUCCCGCCCCACCAGUGAGGCGCCCAUCCAUCCCAGGGUGACCUGAUCCUGCCGUGGGCCUGAUCCUGGGUGGGACGGGCCACGCCGUUGACAGGCAGCUGUGGAGCCCCAGCACUGGGACCACUCUGCUCAGAGCCUGCAGCUACACAGGCAGAUCCAUUUCAGAGGGAGACAAGGGGAGCCCCAGACACAAAGCCUAGGCACAGAGGAGGGGCUUCUCCUUCCCUGCUGCCCCCUGCAUUGGCCAGGCCUGUCCCAGGCGGGGAGCUGCCCUGGACACAGCCACCCUAGCAUCAGCCCCAUCCACAGCCUCCACCCUUUCCUGGCCCCACAGGAUGCUGACCAGCAGCCAGGUCAGAGCUCCUGUGAAAUUCCUCCUUAAACCAGGGCAGACCAGGGGAAAUGAGCCAGCCCUCCCAGCGCUCUUCUGGUCCCCAGGGCUGUCCUCUCUGGCCUCUGGGAGGGCAUUUGCAUUUCAGUGGCCUCCUGGGCAGCUCAAGCACCUCCCACAGGCGGCCAGAGCCCUGCGAUCUGCCCCGGGGGCUGAGGGAUUUACUGGGGGCAACCCUGUUCUCUGCUUAAUGAAAAUGAUCUUAAAAUUACUUCUGUUUAAAUGGAGACUCCUUUAAGGGGAUAUAAAGUGUAUCAAGCACUCCUAGCCAAUGUUUGCGAAGGGUUCUUGCUUUCUGUUCUUUUGACUAUUUGCAGGGUGGAGAGGCAGGGCUGGGGAGUCCCUGACAUGGCCACAGAGCACCCACAUCCUGGGGGUGUGGGAGGAGGACACAGCCAGUCCCCCUGCCGAUCGCUCAUCCCCAACACCCACAGACCAACGGAUGGCCAGCCCAGGGCAGUGCAUGUGCCAGGGCACACUCUAUGCCACUUGCUCCCCCUCAGAGAGGGCAGCACAGUCUUUGCUGUAGCUUCAGGGGUCCUGUAGCUCCAGGCAGGCAGGGAGGCCCACACCAUGACAGCCAUGCCAGGCUGGACCAGGUGGGACAAGGAGGCAGGAGGUGACGCCCACUCCCCAUCCCGCAGAAGACAGAAUGAAGGGCAGCAGAGCGGCCAGAGCCGGCCCAGGCCCCAUCCCAGGCCCCCAUCCUGCACACUCAGUGCUGGCCCCACCCUGUCUACCAGGACCGUCCCUGGACUCCUGUCCAGCCCGCCAUAGGCAAUCCCCCAGUGUGGAGUGGUGGUGCGUGCUCAGAGGACAGAGACCUCCAGCCUCCACAAUCUAGGGGGCAGGAGUGUGGAGAGCCACGGCCUAAGCCAGGGACCUGCACGGGUCAUGGACGGUGGCCGCAGGGCAAGGAGAGGAAGCUGUGCGUGCUGGAGACCAUAGGACCAGUCCCGCCAGCCUGGACCCCCACUUCAGCAGCUCUGAGGACACCAGGCUUUGCUGGGACUGCAGAUGUACUGUCGAUGGCCCAUGUGGACAUCAAACUGUACCCGAACAGACACUGAGGGCCUGGGCAGGCAGGUGUGGGUCACUGGUGAUCACGGGCCAUGCACAGAGCAUUUAGAUGCACACAGGGGUGUGUCCCCUCAGCCAAGCACAUGCCAAAACCAAAAGGGUGAAAUGGCCUCUCUUGGAGGGAGAGGGGAGGCUGCGGACAGUGUCCUGACAGAACCGAAGAAGAACGGGGGCUGACCACAGUGCACGCAUGUGCUUGAGCCACCAUGGACUCCACCCUGUGUGGAAACGAGCUCUGAGAUACUGCAAUAAACCUGUGUCCACACUG